CAUUUUCACAUGAAUAUCUUGACAUUCCCAUAACUGCCUUUGCCUUUUAUCGCUUAGCAGACAUGCUGGACUGAUUGCACUUAUUCUUCUCUCUGUCACUGUCUCUCUCUCUCUCACAGGUGCUGAAGGGCAGCAAAAAGCUCUCUAUGUCGGUGCGUUCUGUGGGCCGUAUCCCAGGUGGCUAUAUCACAAAUCAUGUCUACACCUGGGUGGAUCCACAGGGGCGCAGUGUGUCCCCACCACCUGACCUGCUGGCUGAGCAUCGUAGCGCCACUCUGCGCAGAUCUAACAGUCAGGGCCGCAGCCACAUGCAACUUCUGCAGGACGGCGAUGAGAAGAAGGUAAAUUUGGUGCUGGACGACGGCCGUUCUCUGGGUCUCAUGAUCCGUGGAGGGGCUGAAUACUCUCUGGGUAUCUACAUUACGGGUGUGGACAGAGGGUCUGCAGCGGAGUGUGGAGGACUGAAGGUGGGAGAUCAGAUCCUGGAGGUGAACGGACGGAGUUUCCUCGGCAUCCCGCACGAUGAGGCCGUGCAAGUGCUGAAGUCUUCACACCAUCUGAUGAUGACUGUGAAAGAUGUCGGGCGACUGCCUCAUGCCCGCACCGUAGUGGGCGAGACCAAGUGGAUCGCAAGCUCGCAGAUCACAGAUAGUUCUGCCAGCAGCAGUGUCACGGGCCUCUCUCUGGACCAGGGAGCAUCAGCAUCAGUAAAGGGUGGCUUUUAUAAAGGUGUGGCGGGAUCUCAGGUGACUCUGUCUAGUUUGGUGAACCAGAGCAGGGCUAUGCUGGAGGAGCAGGCUAGACAUCUGCUGACUGAACCUGAGAGGCAGACCAUGGGCUACUACAUCCAAGAGUACCGUGAUGGUCACAUCGGUGUUGAGCAGCUUGUCAUGGCCCUCUUUGAGCUGUUCAAUACACAUGCCAAGUUCUCUCUGCUGUCAGAAGUGAGGGGGAUUGUGACCCCUCAGGAUGUGGAGAGAUUUGACGGCCUGGUUCUGAGACGAGAGAUUGAAGCCCUGAAGGCGAGGCAAGGGGGAGCUGGAUUUCAAGACUCCUUCUCCAUGGUCUCGUACCCUGAUACACUGGCCUCCUCCUCAGCCAGCUUCAUGACCAACACCACCCUCAGCUCUGCACGGAACGACGGUGUGGCAGAGAACAACGGGGAACAGUCUCUCGAGCGUAGCAAUGCCCUGCCAGACAUCUCUCUGGAUGAGGUUCAUUCCACCUCAGAUUCCCCUCCUUCCUUUAAACCUCCUCCUCCCCCAGGGCUUCAGCACCGUCCCAAUCGAAAAUCCACACUUAGUAAACGUCCCUCUUCCAGCUCUUCCCAAUCAGGCUUGUACUUCACCGCCCCUUCUCGUUCCCAUACCAAAGAACCCAAGCACCCAAAACCACCCAAACCUCACACAUCUCCUCCUGACACCCUCAAGAUAGACGUCCCAGCGCCUCAGCUCUCAAUCGUGAGUCAGCACCCUAUCGGACCGUUCCCCCGGGUCCAGUCUCCUAGUAAGGUGAAACCUGCAGUCCAAUCCUCAUCUCCGAAUCCUCCGCCCGCCCCUAAUGUACCUGCACCACCUGGGCCGCCUCCUCCUCUGCCCCCCUGUCCAGAUAAGCCCGCCCCUUCAUCCCCAGCAUCCAAUCAGCAUUUUGUCAUGGUGGAGGUGCACAGGCCCAACGCAGAACCUGAUGUGAACGAGGUGCGGCCGCUGCCACAGGCACGAGGAGGGACAUUAUCCCAGCUCUCAGACAGCGGACAGACCCUCAGCGAGGACAGCGGUGUGGAUAUUGCUGAAUCAGGACGUCUCAGUAAGGAUAGCAGCCCACGUCCCGCCCGCACCAGAGUCCCACGGGAUGGGCACGGAGGAGGAGAAACAUCUGCCAAACCGCCGGGUCUGUUGGAGCCGACCUCCUCUCUAGUGAGGGUGGCUAAAAGCGCCAGCACUCUGGGCAUUGCAAUAGAAGGCGGGGCAAACACACGUCAGCCCCUCCCACGCAUCGUUACCAUACAAAGAGGUGGUUCGGCUCAUAACUGUGGACAGCUAAAGGUGGGUCAGGUAAUCUUAGAGGUUAAUGGAGUGUCUCUCAGAGGAAAGGAACAUCGGGAAGCUGCACGUCUCAUUGCGGAGGCCUUUAAAACCAAAGAGAAGGACUACAUUGACUUCUUGAUCACAGAGUUCAACGUGGCUCUAUAGGACCGUUCGAGUCCCACGAUGCUGACUGCGGAGAUGGAAUAAAAGAGCACUUGGAUAUACCGCAACAUUUCUUGCCAUGAUUAACCCCCAGAAUCCUGUUACAUGGUACACUUCAGCUCAUCCUCUCCUGUGAUGUUUUGAAACCAGUCACUGUUUGAAAGGCCAUCCUGUGUGGACCAACCCCAUGUUGACCUUUCCAGCAAGAAAAUGCCAGGAUAGAGCAAAAGUUCAGUCAGUUCUGGCCGGUUUGUUUUAGAUGAUGAGACCAUCUUUUCAGUUGGCUUAUUCUUUGAGUUUCUAUAAUGAAAUUUGGUCACCUGACCGCAAUAUGGCAAGAGACUCUUCAUCAAGCUUGGAUCUGUGUAGUGUUUUUGAUACACGAUACCGUCAUGUUCUGGUGUGAGAGUCUGUGUGAACGUGUCAUGGAAAUCAUCGUUGUUUUUUUAAAGUCAUAGCUAUUUUAUAAGAAAUAUGUGCAAAUGGAUAAAAUGUGUUUAAAACAAAUAUGUAAAGUUUAAGAGGUGGACAUAACUACUGAUUCUAGUAAAUAGUGACUAACCCUAUAGAAAUUCAAAGUAAUGUGCUUCUCACUACAAUUUGCUGUGAGCAGAACUGCUGAAACAUCUGUCAUCUGCUUUUUUUUAACUAGUCAGCUGGUUUCAAUGUUUGAUUAUUGUUUGUGCUGUUUUGCAGGUUUUUUUUGCGUCAUGCAGUAAUUACUAAACCAUGGCAAUCAGUCAUUAGGACAGAAAUGCUGGAGUCCUCAGAGACAGCUACUGUGUUCAAAUACCUAUAGUGAGCUGCCUACGUAGACAGCAUUUUAAGACAGCAUAGGCACUUCUGAUGUGAAGAGAAGAGCUUGUUUCAGACAGAUUUUAAGGCAGCAACAUGUGCAUCAGGGCUCAACAAUAAGGACUGCUCACUGUCCCAUUCCAUUAAAAAAUUUGGCAUCAUAAGUUUAAUGUUUUUCAAAUAAGUCUCUUAUGCUCAUUAAGGCUCCUUUUAGUUGAUCAAAGAUAGAGUAAAAAUUUAAUAUUGUGAAAUAUUAUUACAAUUUAAAAUUUAAUUUAUUCCUGUCAUGGCAAAGCUGUAUUUUCAGCACCAUUACCCCAGUGUUCAGUGUCACAUGAUCCUACAGAAAUCAUUCUAAUAUGUCGAUUUGCUGCUUAAAGGCACAAUAUGAAAGAUUUUUAUAUUAAAAUAUCCAAAAACCACUUGCACAGUUAUCUAUUUCGUUCAGCUGUGUACUUACAAUAUCCUAAAUGUCUCCAAAAAUUUGUAAAUUCAGAGAAAUUCACAAUUUAAAUAGUGCCCGUCCCUCCCUUGUCACUUGUCAAUGACGUAAUAUCUGCGUUAUCCCUUGUUUCCUUGUACUGCAUAAUAACAAUAACACAAGAUGCGUCACUCGUAUUAUUAUGAAUGGGAGAAAGUGAAACGCGCAAUAUGGCGGAAUAAGUUCCGCCUUCUAAAUAAGAGCAAAUCGCCGAUUGGGAAAGUCAUCG